GAAGGUUCUCAGAGAGAGAGAGAGAGAGAGAGAGAGAGAGAGAGAGAGAGAGAGAGAGAGAGAGAGAGAGAGAGAGAGAGAGAGAGAGAGCGUGCAUCUUUGCGUCGCUAUUGGCUUCUUCUCCCUCCGCAGGCACCUCUCACGCCCUCUCAGAGCAGCGAUGCUCCUACCUGGCGAAGAGCGGAAGACCCGCAGCAUCAGCACCGGUGGAUCUCCAUGACGACAAAACCCCGAGCAUGGUGCAGAAAUCCCGCAACGGCGGGGUGUACCCCGGCCCGCAGGCCGAGAAGAAGCUAAAGGUGGGCUUUGUGGGGCUGGAGACGGGCGCGACGGAUUCCAACCGAGACGGCGCGCUGCUCAUCGCGGGCGCCGAGGCGACCAAACGAGGCAGCAUCUUGAGCAAACAACGCUCCAGCAUCUCGAGGAAGAGGCCACCGAAACGCAACGCUUUCUACCGACGCCUGCAGAAUUUCCUCUAUAAUGUGCUGGAGAGACCGCGCGGAUGGGCGUUCAUCUACCACGCUUAUGUUUUUCUGCUGGUCUUCUCGUGUCUGGUUCUGUCUGUGUUCUCCACCAUCAAAGAAUAUGAGAAGAGUUCUGAAGACGCGCUCUACAUACUGGAAAUAGUAACUAUUGUGGUUUUCGGUGUGGAAUACAUCGUUCGGAUCUGGUCUGCAGGAUGUUGUUGUCGAUACAGGGGAUGGAGGGGGAGACUCAAAUUUGCCAGGAAACCAUUUUGUGUUAUCGACAUCAUGGUGCUGAUUGCCUCUAUAUCAGUACUGGCGGCUGGGACGCAGGGGAAUGUGUUUGCCACCUCUGCAAUCAGGAGUCUCCGAUUCCUCCAGAUACUUCGAAUGAUCCGUAUGGAUCGCCGCGGAGGAACCUGGAAGCUCCUGGGAUCUGUUGUCUACGCUCACAGCAAGGAAUUGAUCACCGCCUGGUACAUCGGCUUUCUGUGUCUGAUUCUGGCCUCGUUCCUAGUGUAUCUUGCUGAGAAAGAAGACAACGAGAUGUUUGAAACCUAUGCCGAUGCCCUGUGGUGGGGUCUGAUCACCCUGACGACCAUCGGCUACGGUGAUAAAUAUCCGAUAACCUGGAACGGACGUCUCCUCGCGGCGACCUUCACCCUUAUCGGUGUGUCAUUCUUCGCACUUCCUGCGGGAAUUCUGGGUUCUGGUUUUGCCUUGAAAGUUCAGGAACAGCAUCGACAGAAGCAUUUUGAGAAACGCAGAAAUCCAGCCGCUGGCCUCAUUCAGGCUGCCUGGAGGUUUUAUGCCACAAACUUGAAUCGCACGGAUUUAUAUUCGACGUGGGACUAUUACGAGAGAACUGUAUCAGUACCAAUGUACAGACUCAUCCCUCCACUGAACCAGCUCGACUUACUGAGAAACCUGAAGAGCAAAUCUGGUCUUUCCUUCAGGAAGGAAAACCAGCCCGAACCAUCUCCAAGUCAGAAGGUGAGCCUGAAAGAGCGUGUGUUCUCCAGUCCGAGAAACUCUGCGACAAAAGGGAAGAGCUCCCCUCAAGGCCAGCAGCCGCUACGACGCUCGCCCAGUGCAAACAGCAUCGAAGACAGCCCCUCAAAAGUGCCCAAGAGCCUCAGCUUUGGUGACCGCAGUCGCGCUCGACAUGCCUUCCGUUUUAAAGGGGCCGCGUCACGCCAGAAUUCGGAAGUUCUCAUUGAGAUGCAAGAGGAAGAUUUGAGACACAGGAACUCUCCAGAAGCCAGCCUGCCUGGAGAAGACAUUGUUGAUGACAAUAAGAGCUGCCAUUGUGAGUUUGUCCCUCAAGAUUUAACGCCGGGACUAAAAGUUACCAUCAGGGCUGUGUGUAUUAUGCGGUUUAUGGUGUCCAAGAGAAAGUUUAAAGAGAGUCUGCGGCCGUAUGAUGUGAUGGAUGUUAUCGAGCAGUAUUCUGCUGGACACCUCGACAUGCUGGCGAGAAUUAAAAACCUGCAGUCCAGGUUAGAUAUGAUAUUGGGUCCUCCGGGUCCCAGCACCCCUCGCCAAAAGAAGUGUUCAACCAAAGAAGGCAAAGAGUCGCCCCAGUACCCUUCUAGAGUGGAUCAGAUUGUUGGUCGAGGGGCUCCGGUCACAGAUAAAGAUCGUCCUAAAGCCACCACAGAAGGAGAUCUGCCUGAAGACCCCAGCAUGAUGGGUCGACUCGGGAAAGUCGAGAAACAGGUGAUGUCAAUGGAGAGAAAACUGGAUUUCCUUGUGAACAUCUACAUCCAGCGAAUGGGCAUACCACAGGCUGAGACGGACGCUUACUUUGCUUCUAAGGAGCCUGACCCAGCUCCUCCAUACCACAGUCCAAUGGACCAAAUGGAGAAGAGUGGCUCCAUCACCAAAAUCAUCCGCUCCAACAGCUCCAUUGGCCAGAAGAACUUCGACCCGCCUCCCUUGGCUUGUAUCAACCACCACUUCCCACCCUCAACAUCCUGUCACAAUCACACCCUCCCUGAUCCUAGCCAACAGGGCAGCCAGGGCAAGUCACCCAUAGGCGACCCAUCUCUAGUCCGUAUCCCUCCACCUCCAGUCCACGAGCGCUCCUCAGGCGGGCACAACGGAAGCUCUCGUGGUGCUGCACAGCACCAUUCUCAUGGGGGUGAAAACAGGGUUGAGGAUGGGCAACCGUUGGCUCUUUCACAACAGCAGGCCGGAGCCGAGAGCGACACCUCGUUAUCCAUCCCCUCGGUGGACCACGAAGAACUAGAACGUUCCUUCAGUGGCUUCAGCAUCUCGCAGUCCAAGGAGAACCUGGACUUCCUCAACAACACCUACUUUGGUGGCGUGUCGCGUUGUGCUAAACAGAGGCCCUACAUUGCUGAGGGCGAGUCAGACACGGACUCCGAUCUGUGCGCCCUAUCUCCCCAUUCCGCAACUGGUGAAGGCGCCUACAGUGACAGAGGCUGGUCUGGACCCAAGUAAGUCUAGAAGGAAGGUCUCAAAGUGGGAUUCGAUCCAACCGAGAGCAGCUCAUAGAGCAAAGAACAUGCUGGACUGGGCGUAAAGCUGCAUUUGUGGGCACCAGUGUUUUAAAAGCACUGUUAAAUCUCACAAGCACAGCUCUGGGAACAGAAGAAAGGUGGUGAUGCCAACCACUGAAGUUUGAGAGUGUCUAGUACUAAAGAUUGGACAAGUAGAACUCAAGAAGGCUGUAAAAUGCAGAAAUGCCAGCGAUGACUUUGGGAACCAAGUAUUUGCUUAUCCAUUCGCUCAUACCAUGCCAAACGGCUGAAAAGGAUGGAUGUAAACGUAAGAAUGCUAAAAAGACAUUUUGAGAUGGGAGCGUGAGGAGGACACGAUGUAUUGACCAUUUCAUACGUGAUGCAUUUUCAUCCGUAAGAACACAUUCAGUCACACGUCAACAAUGUAUGGACACUCGCUGCAAAGGGUUACAUUGCAAAAAAUCAUGAGUAUUUUUGUCUUAUUUUACAGUGAAAAUAUCUAAUUAUUCUUAAAACAAGAUACAUUUACUUGUGAAGCAAAAUGACAUAAGAUAUUUAAAAAAUGUUAACAUUUAUUCUUAUAACAUGAAAAACUAUUUGCCAGUGGUGUAAGAAAAAAACUUGAUUCAAUGGGCAAACAAGUUUAUUUUUCUUACACCAUUGGCAAAUAGUUUUUUCUUGUUUUAAGCAUAAACCCCACCAAUUUUUGUUAGAUUUCUCUGAAAACAAAACUUAAUAUCUCAUGCCAUUUUUGCUUCUCAAGUAAUUUUUUUCUUGUUUUAAGGUUGAUUCGAUAUUUUUACCACAUAAAUACAGAAAACGAUUUUUUUUGCAGUGAAGUUCGCCCCAAAAUUCUGUCAUUAUUUACUCCUCUUGUUGUUCCACAUCUGUAUGUUGUCAUUUGUUUCUGUAGAACACAAAAGGAGAUGUUUUGAAGAAUCUUCUUCUUUUCUGUCAAGCUCCUAAAAGGACCAAAAAAAGCACUAUAAAAGUACUCCAACUGACUUGUAUUCUAUAUUCCAAGUCUUCUGUGGCUUUGUGUGAGAAACAGAUCAAAAUUUAAGACUGCAUGAAGUCAUUUUUCACUUGAAAUCUCGCCCUACGUCAAUGCUCUUAAAUCUCAUUCAUGCUUGUGUUCAAUUAAAAAUGGCGCCUUUGGGUUUGACGUCAUUGAGGCCAAGCAGUAUAUGUAUUUUAAUAGUUUUAAAAUGCUUAAAGCUUCCGCUUUGUGGAAAAAACAGUAACUUGUAAAUAAUGACAGAAUUUUCAUUCUGAGGUGAAGUUUCCUGUUAAGAAGUAUCCAGCCUGAUCUCAUGAAAAUUACGUGACUGCUGCAAAUUACAUUACAUGGUUCAUAACACGAAUCGCGACAGUUUCGAGUUGAAAUGUCCACAGUGUGGCGCUAAAAGCGAGUUAAAUUCUUUUAAGGUUAAUGCUCUAUCAAGUUUUAAAGAGCACCUAUUAUGGUUUUUAAAUGUUUAAAGGUCUCAUACAAUAGAUUUACAUGCAUCCAAGGUCAAAAAACACUUUAAUUAGCUCAUAAUUUAAAUUGCAGCAUUACCUUUUUUUCCCAGUGUCAAAAACGACUCGUUCAAUGAUCUGUUCUAAAGAUUCAUUCUAAACUCCUCCUUUCAGAGAGCCUACUCUGCUCUGAUUGGUCAGAUGUCCCAGUCUGUUGUGAUUGGUCUACCGCUUAGUGUAGUGUUUGAGGGCGGGUCAAAGCUGUUCGUGAGCAGCCAAUGAAGACCAGAGGCGGGUUUUUGUUACCAAAUUACGUAGGUUAGUACAGGAAGUAAGUGUGGAAUUACUAACGACUCGUUUCAGGUGUUCAGAAUCGGUUCUUUCUUUUGGGAGUCAAUAACGCCAUUUGUCGUGCACUUUGAUUUUUGAAACUUUGCAGACUUUUUUACAUUCACAAACAGCUAUAUAACACACUACAUGAAAGAUAAUAUUUGAAAAACAAUAAUAGGUGCUCUUUAAAUAAAAAAAACUGACCUCCCUACCAUAAACCAUAAACCUAACCGAUUGUGUCAUAAAAAGCAAAUGUGAGAUGAAAAACACAAUUGUGUCAUUUUGUGGUGCUUCUAUGACACUUUGGGCUCACGUGUGGACUCGUGUGCUCUUCAGGACUCAUACCCCGAUCCUUUACAUCACAAGUGCAACGCUUUAUCAGUCGAGCUACUGCACAAUUUGAUCGCAUUCGAACAAGCUUGUAAAUGUAGUUGAUUAUGUAAUGCAAACGUUAAAAUGAGACAUGCACUAUAGUAAAAGUGUUUAGAUGUCAUAACGGUGAAAAAUAAGUGUUUAUGAACUGCUUAUCUGCAGUUUUACUUGUGAUUUGUGUGAAAGUGAAUAAAAGUCGUUGUUGUAGCGCCUCUAGUGUUCAUUUCACUAGGAAACUGAAGUGAUACUGUACGUACAACGAGCCAUGUAAAAAUCAUUUAGCACAAAUGUAGUUAUAGUAACGUGAUUUUAAGAGACCAGGUUGGAAGAAUGCCUGUAGUACUAUUUCAUACUAUGUCAUCCAUGUUCGCUUGUGAAUGUACUUUACGACAGCUUGUGAAUUUUUACAAUCAUAACUUUUUAAAACCAGGUCACUUAAUUAUUAUCACAAUAUUCCCUUAAUACACAGCAAAAGUGAUUUUCAGGACAAGUAUUUUUGUCUUGUUUUCCUGUAAAAUUAUCGAAAGUUUCUUAAAACGUGAUUUAUUUACUUAAGCGAAAUGGGAUAAGAUAUUAAGGGGCAUCGGCGUCACCAGGUCAUUUUUCAGGGGCUUCAGCCCCGAAUGUAAUUUUAAAUAUAGGCUAUGCAAUAAUAUUGCUACAUUUUGUUUGAAGUUUAUGUGAUGUGAACCCACAACCCCACCCUACCCCCCGCUCCCGCUAAGCCCCGAACCUCCUCAAGUCCUAGAAAUGCCCCUGUUAAGGGGCCGUUUACACAACAACAUUUUGAACUAAAAACGGAAAACUUUUAAUGCGUUUUGGCUGUUCGUUUACACGACAACGGUGUUUUGGGGUCUGAAAACACAAACUUUUGAAAACGGGUUUCAAAGUGCACGUUUUUGAAAACGAUGCCGUUAUCGUCUCCGUGUAAACAUACAAAAAUGUGAAUUUGUGAAAACGAUGACGUCAUGCCCACGCGUAUUACGUGUUCAGUCUAUAAGCAUGCGCGCGAGACAUUCAAAACUACAAUGGUGGACUACAGGACUGUGUUUGUGCUGCUCAAGAUUUUGAGUUUAUUGACGCUUCUCCAGCAAAGUAAUUGUAGUAAUAAAGCAACCUAAUUGUCCGUUCAGACAAACUAUGCUCGAUGCUUUCGCCAUCUUCAUUGUUUGUAUUCACCGCUCUGUGGAAGAAUGCUUAUGUGCGCAGGUGCGUAGUGUUUCUUUACAAAGUGACAUCGCCAACUACUGGCCUGGCAUGCAUAAUACAGCGUUUUUAGUUGUUUUCGUGGAUCCGUGUGAACGGGGAUCGUUUUGACAACGUUGUCGUCUGUACGCGAAACUUUUCAAAAAUGCAAAGGAAAAACGUUAUCGUUUUUAGUACAUCGUUAUCGUGUAAACGUACCCUAAGUCUUGUUUUAAGAUAAAUCUGACAAAAUUAUGUGAAUUUUAGAAAGAAAAAUUUUUUUUAGAAAAAAAUCUAAAAACAAACAACAACAACAACAAAAAAACUUGUUUUCCCCUUGAAUUAAGUUUAUUUUUCUUACCCCAUUGGCAAACAGUUUUUUCUUGUAUUAAGAAUGCAUAUUUUCUUGUUUGCUCAGUAAAUUUGAUCAGAUUUCUCACAAAGCAAGACUUAAAAUCUUAUGCCAGUUUGCUUGUCAAGUAAAUAAAUCACAUUUUAAAAAUGUUUCGAUAUUUUUACUGGAAAACAAGACAAAAAUACUUGUCUUGAAAAUAAUUUUUUGCAGUGUACCACAUUGAAAUGUUAGAAAACUCACUUUAAGUAUGAAAUAUAGAAUACCACUUUCUCUGAAGUUUACCAUUUUUGGAAUAAUCCCUGAUUUAAUCAUUUGCAUGUUGAUCAAUUAGAAAUGUAAAUUUACAGUUAAUUUCAUACCGCAAAUGAACAGCUUCGAUAAAUGGAUAAAAAGCCUAAUAUUUUCGGCCAAUAUUUUUUUCUUUUCCUAAAGUUAAUAAGCUUUCCAAAGCAAUUAAAAAAAAUGUAUAUAAACUAUUUCCUUAACAAAUGAAGUGAACAUUUAAUAAUUUAAUGUCUGCUUCACAAUGUAUAAACAUCUUUUUAUCACUUGAGAUAUCACAUCACGUCUUUAAACAUUUUGACGGCCAUUUGUAGUAUGAAGUAAACUAACAUAAACUUGUUUGAUUGUCCAUUUGGUUUCCACUUUUGUUAGUGGAAACAACCAUUUUUAAUGCACUGAUAUCACUGAGAACACAUCAAAAUGUACAUGUCAUUUUGCCUUAUCAGUCUUGUUCUAAUGUAUUUGAUGUUUUGUUGCCUUUUGUAUUGGUUAAUGUAUUAAUUGAAACCAUAAUGAACUACUGGUCAAACACUGGUCACACUUAAACGGUCAUCUGUGUCAAAUGUACUGUACUAACACACUUUACACAGAAGUGUCAGAUCACUGAAAUGCACAUCUCUAAAGACGAUAGUGUAGUUUGCACCAUUCUGUCUUCCAUACAGCCUGUUUUACUGUAAAUAUCCACAAGAGGCCACAUUCUUUCUGUUACACUCCCUUUAAUGCUGUUUAUAUCUGUUACUUGUUGUGGAUACAUGAGAAGACAAAGGCGCUAAUGAAGUGGCCUGAUGUAUGUAUUUGGAUGCAAGAUGCUUAAAAAGUGGCAGAACGAAUGCAGUACAGAAAACCCCUAGUGAUAUCUGUAAUCAUCAGUCAUUUGCAUUUGAUUAUUGUCACAGCUGCCUUGUUUGGUCUGAAAAUAUUUUUUCCCCAUUCUGUAUUUUGCUAAAUUGCCUUUGGUAAUGCCAGCACAGUCUUGUGUGUUUUCUGUUAUGUAUUAAUGAAGAUUGUGAAUGUACUCUUGAAUGCAGUCAUACUUUUGGUUUGUAAGUUAUAGACUUUGAACCAUCACAUCACACAUUUUAUAGAUCUACACUUUAACAUGGGCAAACAAACUCUCAACCAACCUCUGAAGUGACUGAAACCAAUGCAUACAGGUUUUGGAUAUCUGCAUGAACCCUUAAACAAAAUUAACUUAAAUCUUUGGUAUAGUUGAGUUAGUUAACUCUUCUAAGAGGACGAGCUGGAUGCUGCACCACUUAACUAGCUUAACCAGCAAAUACUUGCGUGGUCAACCAGCAUCAACAGAAAGACCAUGAUGGUUGACCAGCUUCACUAGAUAAUUUUUGCUGGUCCACUAGCUAGACCAGAUCUAAUUAGCAUAAACCAGACUGGGCCAGCGAGGAAUUUCAAACUUGCAGGAAAGCCCGGUUUCACAUCGCACACAUUAGCGGCACAUAUUUAUUUUACCACCCAUAUUAUCAGUUUAGAUAAGCGUAGCAGCAAUUAGAGUUUCGGCAUUGUAGCUAGUGUGCUGAACUCAAAAGAGAGUGUCAUUUUGACAUGAUAUUUUAAUAAACCUGCACUGCAAAAAAUUAUUUAAGUUUAAAAUGAUGUUUUUUCAUCUUAUUUUCAUUAAAAAUAUCUAAAGACCCUUAAAACAAGAACAAAUGACUUGAGAAGCAAAAAUGGCAUGAGAUAUUAAGUCUUGUUUUCAAAGAAAUCUCACCAAAUUUGGUGCGGUUUAUGCUUAAAACAAUAAAAAACUAUUUGCCAAUGGUGUAAGAAAAAUAAGCUUGUUUUACCUUUGAAUCAAGUUUUUUUUCUUACCCUAUUGGCAAAUAGUUUUUCUUGCUAUAAUCAUAAACAUUGCUAAAUUUUGUUAGAUUUCUCUGCGAAAAAAGACGUUAUUUUAAUUAUAUUUUUGUUUUGUUUGAAGUGUAAUUUGAAUUUAGAAAUAUAUUUGGUUGAAUUUUUUCAUGUUUCAUUAGCCUAAAUGAAUUUAUUUUUUCAAAAUCGACCUGUAGAAGUGAUAUGCAUGCCGAUACAAUCACUGUUAUUGAUUUGUGUGUCAGUAGAUCAAAAUUAUUAAUAAUAAUUACAUUCUCCAUACAUCCAAAUCCUGACGAGAAUCACAUUUUCUAUGCAUUUCACUAACCUUGAAGGACGCAGUUAAUGCACAAAAGAAAGUAAAUCCAAAUUUCUGUACUUCUGAUUCAUUGCAUAUAGUCCAUUUACAGUAACAACUUCUUAUGAAUGUGCUGUUUUUGUUUAAAUUGUUGGCGCUUGAGGGGAUGGACUAUAUAAAAUGACGCAGACGCUAGAAUAACCGGAGAAGAACCUCAGAAGUAAAUUGCACGUGAUCCAGGCGUUUUCGCCAAACCCGCCUAGACUUACCACGUGCUUGCACGAAAAUACCAAAACUUCAUGCCCAUGCCCAUUGACUUUGCACUUAUGACUAAAGGCAAUGCACUGCGUUUAACACUUGCACUCUUAGAAUAGGGUCCCCUGUCUUGUUUUCAGAGAAAUCUAACUAAAUUUAGUGAGGUUUAUGUUUUAAAAUAAGAAAAAACUAUUUGGCAGUGGGGUAAGUUUAAUUCAGAUUUCUCUGAAAACAAGACUUUAUAUCUUAUGCCAUUUUGCUUCUCAAGUAAAUUGAUCUAAGUUUAAGAAUUUUUAGAUAUUUUUACUGGAAAACAACAGUGCAGUGUAAUGAAGCAACACAAAAUAAUGGAGUGAAUUACUGACCCAUUGGUUGAAAAAGACAUCUGUCGGGCUUGAUGCAACUUAAACGCACAUUGAGGGUGUUUACAUGCACAUAAAUAUGCUCAAAAAUCAGCAUAUUCAAAAAAUCAGACAAUGCAAGAAAACAGCGUUUACGUGAGACUUGAAAUAACCGGAUUAUUCUUUGCUUCUGAUUUCAAAACGUAAACAGUCACGCACACAAUGUUUGCGCGCAUUGGAUAAACGGGUAAGAACACCGCUAAUGGUGUUUCCAUUCAAAUGGGCAAAUAUCUAUGUGCUGAUCGUUUUUUGCCUAAACCAUUCAUGACCUUACUCUGAUAAAGGCAAACUGUUUAAGGAGUUUACAUGACCUACACGUUGUCGGCUUAUUAGCCACAAUCAGUAUAACUUUGGGGUUUGGGUUCUGUUCUGUGUAAAUUCAUUACCAUUUGGAUGUAAAUGUGAUCCCACUCCUCAUGUAAAUUCAAUUUCACGGCGUCGAAGUUUGUAAUAUUUAUCGAUGACUUAUUUCCAAUAACCGUUUCAUAGUUUAUGCCCAUUAUUACAGGAAAUACAUAAUAUAGUAACUCCAAAAAUCACUGUAAAACAUCAAUGCGAGUCUGCUGUUGCAUUAUAUUGCAUUGCAUUAUGCAUUUUAUUAUAUUAUUUACUCUCUUAAUUGUCUAAAGUAAAUCAAGAUCCUCAUGAUGGACCAAAACCUUUGUACUUUGAAUUUUAACAUUUGUUUGUAGCAAACAAGGUUGUCGAUGUCUGUAUCUCCAAACAACAAGAAAGAGCAAUACUACACGGGCCGCGCAUGUUACACAUCCAGAAAGCCUUAAGUUUCUUUUCUAUCUCUUACAUGAUUUGCAUUGACAACAAUGAUGUUUUACAGCAACUCGGUUCACCGCUAACUCACCAUGACUUUAGGAAAUGUCAUUUUGUCACCAGCAUGUUCCAAAGCCGCCAUAUUCUGUUUACUUGACAUGCUCUCAGAUCAAAUCCAUAACUGCUGUCUUUUCACAAAUGAUAAGCACUGCUGUCUUUUAUUUUUCUUCUUAAGAAAAGUAAAUGCUUGCCGGCAUGUUUUGAACCGCUGAAUGCCAUAUAUAUAGCUUUUGAUGAUUAUGUAGCAUAACCGUUGUGUACUCACUCAAUGAGCUCAUGAGAAAUGUACAAUAAAAAUAAAUUUUCACA